GUUGCUGCUGCUGUGAGUAUGAUGCUUCUCAUUUCUUUCUUACUGCUGGCUGUGCUGAAGUAGUGCCUGCCUGGGUCUGGAAACUUAUGUCCUCCAUCAUAUUAAUGGGAUAAUAAUGUGAUUGAUUGGUCAUCCCCCGGGGGAAAUGGUCUUUUCUGCUUCCUGAGAGUGCACGACUCAUCAGAGAACUUACAGCUGACUUGAAGUGGAUUCGUGCCCAAGAGCCCCUCAGCAGGGUGAAUGCUCGAGCACAUCAGGCGGCUUCCAGCCCGGGUUGGACCGCUCGGAAGAUUGUUUGCGUGCCGCUACUCUGUUGCCAUCGGCUUUAUCGGUGGGGACUAAAGAGGCGGAGGAGGAAGGGUAGAGGGGGAUUUGGGUGCUUCAGGACGGCUGAGUCUCGUUGCGAUGCAUGGAGGCUGCUUGGAAAUGCUCCCCGGGUCUCCGGAGCGCAUGAGGCGAUUCCAGCCGAGCGACGGUCCGCAGCAGCAUCGUGAGCUUCCUGCGGCUCAACUGCAGCUCUGCCAGGCUGUCGCGCUGUAGGUUCCGUUACAGGAGGUGCACGGCUCGGUUCGGAAGCCACGGAGCGGAGUUAUUUUCGCCGAGAGCGCCGUAAUCAAGGAGCCUGAAGGCUGCAUCGCGUCCCUGCGUCGCAGUGGUGGUGGAUACUGUGUGAGCGUGUCGGGCGGCAUCUAUGCAAUUUAUUUUCGACUUUUCAUUUUAUUAUGAGCACAGAGGAGGGAGAGGCGGGUCCCGCGUGUGGGGAGGCGAGUGGAGGUACCACCAUACCUCACCGCCACACCUGGGAGGAAAGCGAACCUCACGGCUUCCAAGGACGUCCGCACCCCGACGAUGAGGACGAAGCCUUGGGAGGAGAGGAGGGAGAGGGGGCAGAGGGCUGCCGGGAGGGCCGGAGCUGCAGGGACGCGUGUGGGGGUGACACAGAGAAAUUCACUGUGGAGAACAACGAGGGGAAUUUUUCCAGUGAGGACGGGGCUGUCGGGGGGAGCUCUUGCAAGGCUCAGACAAUGCAUUCAAACUGCAGCAGCGAAACCUGCAUCCCCACUCCCAGCUGCAGGAUCUGCUUCCAAGGCGCAGAGCAGGGGGACUUGUUGAACCCAUGCAGGUGUGACGGCUCAGUGCGGUAUACCCACCAGCAGUGCCUGCUGAAGUGGAUCAGCGAACGGGGCUGCUGGACCUGCGAGCUGUGCUGCUACCGUUUCCAGGUGAUCGCCAUCAAUCUGAAGAGACCAUGGCAGUGGCAGUCCAUCACCAUUACCCUGGUGGAGAAGGUGCAGAUCAUUGCGGUGUUCCUGGGCUCUCUCUUCCUUGUAGCCAGCAUCUCCUGGCUGCUCUGGUCGGCGCUCAGCCCUCAGGCCACCUGGCAGCGUCGCGAUGUCCUCUUCCAGAUCUGCUACGGCAUGUAUGGCUUCAUGGACCUGGUCUGUGUAGGCUUGAUCAUCCACGAGGGGGCAGCAGUGUACAACGUGUUUCUGCGCUGGCGAGCAGUGAACCUCCACUGGGAUGUUCAAAGCUAUGACAAGACCAAGGACAUGGAGGACACAAGCACUGGUCACUCUUCGCUGGCCCCCAGGACACUUUGGUUGCCUUUGGCCACUUUUGGGCCCAGCGGCCCCUUACACCCGACCCAGCUGGGAUCACAUCCAUGGACUUGCCUGUGUUUGGCACCCUUUUGCCACAGAAUGGUAGCCCGAAACAACCUCAGCCAGGACAGUGAUUCGGGAGAGGUUGUCAUUCGUGUAACAUCGGUAUAAACUCCAAGCAGUAUUUGUGGAGAGACGAAGCAUCUGAUGGGUUACAUCUGGGAGUUACAGUCUGAGCUGUGCUGCAAAGUUGUUUUGUUGCAGAUUUUUUUCCGUAACUUAAUACUUUUAAUUAUUUGAACUGUGUGUGCUGUCUGGGGCUGGUCCUCAAACCAAUCUAAUACCUUCAGUAACUCACAUUUUUGUGUUGGUGCCUUUGUUUUUACUCUGAGAUAUAACACUGUUUAUUUUGUGACAGAGACAUGAGCCACCCUCACAUAAAUCUUUUUUUUUUGUGGUUUUCCUUUUAAACUGUUGUGUGGCACUCAUGUCAUGUGGAAUUGAAGGAAGUGAUGGGAUUAUCCAGAUUACAAAUCUAAGGCACAACAUCAGACAUGGUGUAGGAUCACAGGGUUGCCUGUUCAAGGUUGAGGAAUACUGUACACAGCCAAUAUCCUCUCUCUCUCUCACUCUCAUAUAUCUCUGCUCUAAUGUGGCAUAGAGACAGUAUGGUGUCAUAGUCUCAAGCCACCCUUAAUUUCAUUAGGUUUUGUUAGGAAAAUGUGAAAUAAGUGUAGCGAUUUAUUCAAAUAAGUGCAAACAUAGAUGGAAAUACAGGAUAUAAGGCAAAAAACCCCAAAAACAAAACAUAUUUUCUACAAUUCUAACAAGCUUGAAAGUCAAUAAUUGGUUUGACAUUUCUUUUUCAACACAGCCAGAACUUUCUUAGACAAGCUUACUUACCUCUUGUAAUUUCUUUAAGGAGCAUUCAGCAGUAGUUCUCCAGACUUCUGGAAAAGCCAUUCAAAGUUCUUCUUUGGAUGUUGGCUGUCUUUUUGUUCCAUUUACUCUGAUGAUUCAACGUUGCUUCAAUAAUGUUGAAGUCAAGGCUCUGGGGAGGUCAGUCCAUGACUGACAGUGUUGGCAGUGUGUCUGAAAAUGAUCAGAAGCUUUGUGGAUGGCAUUCAUGGUGAAUUAAAAUCUGAUGGUAGACUUCUAUACAUUUAGAAAACAUCCCCCAAGAACACCGGCUGAAAUUCAGCCCCAAAUUAUGACAGAGCCUCCACCAUGAUUUCCAGACUAUAGACGCCCUUGUAAAUAUUGAAUGAUUUGAAACAAACAUUUUACAUUUAAAACUCAAAAAGAACUGAUGCCACUGACUUCCAGUCCAGUUCUUGUGUAAUUUUCAUUCCUCAGCCUUUCCUCCCUGUUUUUGGCUUUCAGAUACUGUUCGUCUGCUGUAUAUAGAUUUUUUUCUGCAACUUAUUCUUUUGUCCUCCAUUUUUCUCAGUUUUCUCAAAUUUCUUCAAAAUUUGAGGAAAAAUUGCUGAGAUAGACCAAAUUAUCAACUAAUAGGCGUUGAUCAGACUGAAGACAAAGUGAAUUUUAUGAACUUUUUUCGAGAAGCAAGUCUUCCAAUAUGGGAGCCAUAUGGGCAUCACCCUCUCUUUAUUUCUUUUUCUUCUUCUUGGGUCGGCUAUUUUUGGACACACUGUCAGCUGCUGAAAAUCAGUGUUACAAUUUACUGUUAUUACGAAUUACGAAUUAUUUAAAAGUGUUAUAUUGUUAAUGCAUCAUUGCAGGACUGCUAACACAAAAGUGUUCUAGGUUCAGAGCUGUACUUAGGAAUGAUGUAUAGCUUUUAAUUUUAAGCAGGGUCUCUGAGCUUUGUAACUAUACAACCAGAUGUCCUGCUUUAUGUUUUAUGCCGAUAAAAGGAUUUGACAGACAGGGAUGCAGGAAUUAUGACACAUUUCAUAUGAGCACAAAAACCUGAUGUCAAAAUGAUAUUGAAAAAAAUGAUCCAGCAAACAUUUAAUGCUGGUUAAGGAUGUGAUUCUUGCUUUGGGUAUAAGAGGUCCAAAUCCUGGAUGAGCCCCCAUGAUGUUACUCUCAGUCCUAGAAGAAUCAUGGGUGUAGCAUAAAAAGUGAAAAGAAGCAUUUUUCACCAAUCUAAAGGACUGAAGAGUGCCACGGCAGAAUUGCACUCCAGAAAGAAGAGAUUUAUUUAUCUAUUAAUGUAGACAAUAUCAGGGUGUGCACGAGGCCAAAGAAAAAGAAAAAUGCUUCCCACACCUAUGCUUCCUGGAGGGAAUGUCCAAGAUAAUGUCCAUAGAGAUGGCUUUCUAUGCUUAUCGAUUCUUAGGAGGAAGGAGGAGAGAGGUCAGCCUAAUAGGUCUCUAAUUUAAAGGAGCUACCAUCAGUCUCCCGUCCAAUCACCAGGUGCCACAUAGAACUCAACAUAAUGGGUAAGCAGAAAUGGUUGGACCCAGGGAUGAAGGGGCAGACACCCAAUGUACAUAAACACAAUUUAAAUUAUGACAUGGGGCCAUAACGUGACACCCCCCCCCGAUCCCCCUUUUUUAGAUUUCAUUGUCAUUCAUAACAUUUCCAGUGCUGGUAUAAGCUGGCAAAGUGACAUCUGUUCAGCAUGGCAGUGUUUGCCUCAAAGGACUGAUCCUCAGAUGGUUUGUGCCAGUAUAAAUAUAGCUAUUGGAAAUUGUGUUUUUCCCUGUCUGUAAACCAUUCUUUUGAGCUUCCAUGAGCCCUGUGAUGUUUGGGCCAUGGGCUAAUCUGUUCUUGACCUACGAGUCAUUUACUUUUUUUGGUGCCUUAGGAGGCUGGGUGUCGACGUUGCAAUGCGCAGCACAGAAAUGACUUGAAUGUGACUUUUGCUGUUGGCUGUAUUU